AUGGUUCGUCAGCCGAUCGAGCAUCUUGUUGAUGGCAUCAAGCUUGUCUUUAAUGGGCUGCAGCUUCUCAUCAAAGAUUCUCUCAAGAUCAUCCCUCGAAGCGUGAAAAAUAAUAAUGCCUGGCAUGGCUGCGCUUUGUACACAACGCCCUUGUCUUCUACCGAUCGAAAGGCUUAG